AUGGAGGAGAACAGACCGAUGGGAUCGGUGCCUGAACAGGUUUCAGAACAUGCAGAGACCAAGGAAGCUCGUCCAUCAGAGAGCCUCAUCGACAAGGAAGUUCGAAAACGAAAACGAGUUGAACCCAAGAUUGCAAGCGUUCCUCCAGAGAAGGAGAAGUCUGGAAAGGGCAAGAUGUGCUGUAAUGAGGCUAAAGACUCGAGAUGGCCGCUUUUAUCUUGCAAGAAGUGUGGCAAGAAGUAUCAUAUAGAGUGCAUCGACGCCAUCAAAGGCUGGAAAGAGAAACCACUCUUCGCAGACGGCUUCUACACUCUCAAAUGCCGAGACUGUACACACGGAAUCGAAGUAAUCCGAAGAACACCAGUAUCAUGGAUUGAAAUCGUAAAUCUCGCCAUAUACAACAUGACCUAUACAAAACCAACCUCGAAACAAGGUCCGGAUGGACGGAAAUACUAUCACUGGAGAGACGAUAUUCAUGUGUUUGUCGAUGAGAAUUGGGACAGGUUUUGGAUUCGUGACAAGUUUCCCACUUGGAGGAAUACGGUUACGAGUUGCUUGUCGACUGCUCCGCGUUUCGUGUCUGGGACAAAGCAUUUCAACAACGAGCAAGGUUAUUGGGCAAUGGAUCAGAUGGUGUUUCCUAUUGACCUAACUGAAAAGAAGAAACGAGACGCAACAUUUGAUAUUGCUCCUGACGGUACGCUUGUCGCGAUUCCAGGAGUAAGCAAGCUUUACUCAAAGGAGAGGAAUGGAGAGGCCAAAAAGCCAAAGAUUGACCCAACAACGGGAGAACCCAGGAAGAAGAAGAAAAAGAAACACGAAAAUGGUGAUGAGCCUGGCAAGAGUAAAAGAAGAAAAGAGAAGGAGGAAGGUGCAGACACAGUGUCUCGUCGAGCACCAAAAGCAAAGAGGAAGAAAAAACAUCCUUUGGAGCCCAAAGAUGAUCGAGUUGGCAUCACCAUGUAUCCAGAUAUUGAUAAUCCAGAUAUGGACGCGCGGAUGAGUACCGAGACUACUCAUGCUGCUCCUCAAAUGGUGAUUUCGGACGAUGGAUUGACUGUAUACAAUGAGAAGGGAUAUCGUAUGGCUAAGGCCACGCAUGGUGUUUGGGAAGGAGAAUGGUACUUUGAAGUCAAGAUCAAUGAGCCUUUGACUGAGAAAGGACAUCUGAGAAUUGGUUGGUCUCAGAUCUCUGGAGAUCUGCAAGCACCAUGUGGAUAUGAUGCCUAUAGUUAUUCGUAUCGAAAUUCAGACGGAGCUCUAUUUCAUCAAGCGAAAGCCAGAGAGAAUGCACCAGAGCUGUUCUCGGCAGGGUAUAAACCAGGAGAUGUUAUUGGUGUAUCGAUAUCAUUGCCAGCUCCAGAAAAGAUGAAACUGCUAUUGGCUCGAUUGUGGAAUCCAACAGAGGUGUACAUGCCCUUCCGAUCUCGGCCCAUGGAAAUCGCUUUAGGUUCCGAGAUACGAUAUUAUAAGAAUGGUGUUGAUUUGGGAGCAGCGUUCUCGAAUCUAUUUGUUGGCAAGUACUAUCCAGCAAUUUCGUCCUACUUUGGUGGCUCCGCAACUCUCAAUUUUGGACCCGACUUUGCUCAUCCAUGCCCAUCAAUAUAUCGACCUAUCAGUGAUUCGGGUGAUUUGGACACUUGGAUGGAUCUCGUGUACGGCCCGGCUGACGCCCCGAAUGAACCUACAGUAGAAAAAUCCUCAGCCGACCAACAGGUCAUAGUUGUAGAAGGACUCGAAGGCACCUCACAUGACUUGACUUCAAAACAGCAGCCUUCCAUGUCGAUUUCGAAUCUUCUGAAUGAUUUCAUGCCCGAGCCUGUAACGUCGCCUCCCAGAAGAUUGUCUGAUGGAGAUGGCGUCUAUAAUGGUGGUGAUAACGGAACGUAUCCGGGUGAAGAUGAACGUCUAGUACAGGAAUUAGAUGUAGAAAUGGACCAUUUUAAAUGGUCGAAGGAUUGA